CUUCUCUGCGCCACGCCAGGCCCCAUGCUGCUUUGCAGGGUUCUGCUGUUUUUCGUUCCCUGUGUUGGGCAAACUGUCUGGCUGUACCUCCGAGCCUCGCCAGACCCCGUGUUUGAGGGAGACCCCCUGACUCUGCGAUGUCACGGAUGGAAGAACACGGCCCUGUCCUGGGUGAAGUUCUACAAAAACGGAAAAUUACUCCAAAAGCCCAGGACCAGAUGGUCCCUGUUCAUGGGGACAGCUACACUGGAGAGCAGCGGCCACUAUAGCUGCUCUGGGAAGGUGGGCUACAUCCCACACCUGGGCACACAAACUUCAGAGAUGGUCAUGGUUCAAGUCCAAGAGCUGUUCCCGCCUCCUGUGCUGAGCGCUGUCCCCUCCCCCGAGCUCUGUGAGGGGAGCCCGCUGACCCUGAGAUGCCAGACGAAGUUGCACCCCCAGAAGUCGGCCUUGAAGCUCUUCUUUUCCUUCUACAGAGAUGAGAGCACCUUGCAGGACUGGGGCCCCCACCCAGAGCUUUCCCUCCCAGGAGCCCAGGAGGGAGACUCUGGGCUUUACUGGUGCCAGGCCACCUCUGAGGGUGGUGUGACCCAGAAGCAGAGCCCCCCGCUGGAGGUCAGGGUGCAGGCUCCUGUGUCCCAGCCUCUACUCACCCUGAGACCUGGCCCCACCGGCCUUGCUGUGGGGGCCGUGGUGGAGCUCCUCUGUGAGGCCCAGGAGGGCUCCCCUCCAAUCCUGUACUCAUUCUACCUGGACGGGAGGAUCCUAGGGAACAUCUCAUCUCCCUAUGGAAGAGCCACCUCCUUCCCCGUCACCGUGAUGUCAGAGCAGGAUGCCAGAUACUCCUGCCGGGCAGAGAACUACGUCUCUGGAGAGACAAGUGAGCCCAAGAUAUUCUCCCUGGAUGCACUCGUGGCCACCCCUACUCAGGGCUUAUCUGCCCCCGUCAGUCCCCACUGGCUGGUUCCUGGGCUGUCCGUGAGCCUGUUUGGCGUGCUGGUCAUCACCACGGUGCUUCUGGCUUACUUCAGACCCUGGAGAAAACCUGGGCCCCCUCCGUCUCAGAAUCCUCCCCUGGCCCCCGGUGGAGAGCUGGAUGCACUGUAUGGCAAAGUUCAUUGGCAGAAUGAGAAUGAAGAAGAUGGUGAUUACUCUGCAGUAUACACAGCCCCACGGGAGACUAAAGCCCGGCCUGCUGCCUCAGCCUCGGGAACUCAGGACACUUCUGUCAUCUACACGGAGGUGAAACACUCGCGGCUUGGUGAGCUUCCAGCCAGGAAGCCGAAUCCGAGAAGCAGGGCCCACAGAGUUCUCCCUGGUCACUUCGAAGAGGUCCUCCUCUACUGA